CAGAACUGCAAGGAGGACGUCGCACAGUUCCUCUUCAAGGGAGAGGGCCUCAACAAGACGGCCAUCGGAGAAUACCUGGGAGAGAGGCACGAGUUCAACCUGCAGGUGCUGCAUGACUUCGUGGAGCUGCAUGAGUUUGCGGACAUGAUCCUCGUGCAGGCUCUGCGACAGUUCCUCUGGAGCUUCCGUCUGCCUGGAGAGGCGCAGAAGAUAGAUCGCAUGAUGGAAGCGUUCGCACAGCGCUACUGCCAGUGCAACCCCGGCGUGUUCACCUCCACAGACACGUGCUACGUGCUGAGUUUCGCCGUCAUCAUGCUGAACACGAGUCUUCACAACCCGGCCGUGAAGGACAAGCCGAGCGUCGAGCGAUUCAUAACCAUGAACCGCGGCAUCAACGAUGGCGGCGACCUGCCAGCAGAGUUACUCACCAGCUUGUAUGAGAGCAUCAAGAAGGAGCCGUUUAAGAUUCCCGAGGACGAUGGCAACGAUCUCAUGCACACCUUCUUCAACCCCGACAGAGAGGGUUGGCUGUGGAAGCAAGGCGGUCGCUACAAGCAGCUGGAAGCGCCGCUGGUUCAUCCUCAACGACAACUGUCUCUACUACUCUCGGAGCUUCACAACGGACAAGGAGCCGCGGGGCAUCAUUCCGCUAGAGAGCGUCAGCGUGAGAGAGGUGCAGGACCGCAACAAGACGCACUGCUUCGAGAUCUUCUCUGUCGACAACGACGUCAUCAAGGCCUGCAAGACCGACUCCGAGGGCAAGGUCGUCGAAGGCAAGCUACCGACGGUUUUUUUAAUCGCGGCAAUGUCUGCAAGCCCACGGCUGAGGAGAAGGACGAGUGGAUCAAGUGUAUCAGGGCGAGCAUCAACGAGCAUCCUUUCUACGACAUGCUCGUUGUGCGCAGGAAGAAGGCUCAGCACAAGAUUGGAAAGAAGAGCGCCUAGCAACCGUCUCCGCGUCCCGCCCGGCAACCAUCGUCGCGUGUGGCUGGGCACCCGGCAACCGUCGUCAUGCGCGGCCGGGCGCCAAGCAACCGUUGUA